GUGGCAGUCGCUGCCGACGACGACGCCGACGACGACGACGAUCGCACGCGAUCAUAUAACGACGACGACGACGACGACGAUCGACGACGUUGUCGAGCCUCCUCGAACGGUACCGAUCUCGCCGUAGACGCGAGAGAACAUGACGCCGUCGUUCUUAUCAACGGUAUCGUUUCCUCGAUUAAAUCGCGAGAGCGUGCACACGCGCGCGCCGAAGUGAGUGAACGAGUGAGAUCCUUCGCAGCUUCGUAAGGUACCAGCUGCAAGUGCGGCUGAAACUAAAUCCGAGAGUACGUGUCAGUGUCUCCGGUGUGUCGCACCGAUUGCACCCCUGUGUGUAACGGAGGAUUAUCCCGAGAGAUAAAGAUUUAUUGUCGGAGUAACGUCGGCGCACGUGCUCCGUUUUCCCCCGUUUUCGAAAUACUCGAAUAGAAUUUGCGCGCGGCUCUCUGUGUGAUGCGAGAUUUAAAUCUCCCUCGUAUCGCGAGUGUGGUGCUAUCGGACAGACCGUAAGUACUUUUCCCUCGAGCGCCGUUUCGCAAGUAUCAACACGACGAGGUCUUCGCAAGUGCCAUUUGUGGAGCUUCGCUGGCUAAUGAAAUAAAUUUGCUCGUUGAGAGGCUAAAGUGUUAAUUAUUGGCGAAUGCUCCCUUUCGAGAAUCUGGAGUAUUUCUCCUUUAAUCUAAAUCUUAUUCUCCAGAUUUUUACUCGGUUUAAGAGACUCCAUUAAUGAUACAUAUAUAUUCUCCGAGAAUAUUCGAUUUCUCGUAACACAAAAUUCAAGACAUCAGGCAACGAGAUGGGAUACAGACGAUAAUCAUUAACGCUGCUAACAGAAAAGCGUGAAAGUGAUGCGCGGUAGUGCCACCUGACUGCGUCUCUAAAUUAAAACCGCGCGGCGCGCAAAAGGAGGACCACCUACCAAGAAUAACAUCAGAAGAGAAGUGAGGGGGGAGGUGAGGACCAGUGGUAAAAAGCGGCGUGUAAGAGGCACGCGUCCGAGACGUAGGAUCAAAGUUGAAAUUCUUCGAGAGGGCGGCGAAGGAGGAGGAGAAGAAGGAAGACGCGCGCGUACGGUCUCGGAGGAAGUCAAAGCGGACGAAGAGGACGACGACCAGAUCGAAUGGGAGAGUAUCGACGGGAAGAAACGAUCGUGCGGAAAGAAGGGGAGAACACAAAGGAAGAGGGGGGAAAAACGCGCCGACUGGUUUUGCUAAUCAAAAGAUUUCGAGACACGCGUCCGGCUUAAUAACGAGCGAGGCGAGGAGGAAGAGCGGGCGUGAAAGGACUCGUCGGAGGAUCUCCGGACUCGUGAAUUGUGUCGCUGGCGCCUGUGUGCUUUUUGUACUCCCGGACUGAAUAGGACUGACAAAGAAUAAGGGAUCCAUCCUCAAAUAAAUGAAUAAACAUUAUUGAACUGCCAUCGAAUGCAAAUAUGUUUGCGGAAGACUGGAAAUCUUAAGAAGAGAAACCUAAAAAUGUUUCGUGAAAAUUAAAUGUCCGCAGUUCGAAAAGAGAGUAUACAGAGAAAAUACAGGAAACUUCUUAUUAUAUAUUAUUUUGAAGUGAGAGAAAGCGAUAAAAAAAAUUAUAGGAUUUAAAUUGUAGAUGCGUGUGGUGCAAAAAAAUAAUAAUUAUUUAUUAAUAUAUAAAUACUAAUUAUUAUAAUAUAAUGUAAAAAGAUUACUUAAGUGCAACGAGUUAUAUGUACGAGUGCAAAAGUUAAAAGCGAAAUCGAAGGACGAGAACGUCGAGAAUGCCUGGAUUUUCCGAGUCCUUCGAGUGGUCGCGAUCGAUCGACGAAGCGGCGCGAUCGAAAUUGUUCUCGGAUCCGCGUCUGUCUCGUGCGAAGGACUGUCGUUGAAUCAACCCCGCGCUUAUUUGGAAAACUCAAUCGAGAUCGAUCGAGAUCGAAUGCUGCUCCCCGUGACGGGAGAACGGAUCCGACGUGUUGAGUGCAGCCAUCGCGACACCUGAGCCUCGAUAUACGCUAUCGAAAUGCGCUGCGCGUCGGGAUACGUAUUUCUGACGAGUUUGCUGAUGGUGCUAAGGACCCGUCGAAUGGGCGCGGCUGCGGAGGAGACGGAAUUUCAGAACAAAGUGCCCGUGAGGUUAGUCUGGGCCACCGAAGGCGACGAUGUGGAGCUGCCAUGCGACAUCACACCGCCGACGCCGGGGGAUUCGGUUAACAUGGUUCUCUGGUUCAAGGACGACGGCGGGAUACCGCUUUACAGUUUGGACGCGAGAAAUGGUAGUUUGAAUAACGCCAUUCACUGGGCGGUCAGCGACGACCUCGGGAAACGAACGUACUUCAAGAUUGGCGACGGUCACCAGGCGAAAUUAAAGAUCACCGAGGUGACGUUGAAAGAUCAGGGGGACUUCAGAUGUAGAGUGGACUUCGUGGACUCGCCGACGCGAAACUUUCGCGUGAACUUAACUCUAGUUGAGCAGCCAAGUAAGCCUGUGAUAUACGAUGCCCAAGGACGAGAGGUAACGGGGGUGGGCGGCCCCUUUCUCGAGGGUUACAACCUAGUUCUGAUAUGUCAAGUGGCUGGAGGUAGACCUAAGCCCUCAGUGACGUGGUGGAUGGACGGCGAGCUCCUGGACGGUGUAGUCGAUACCUCAUCUAUCGGAUCGUCGAGCAAAUUUACGGAGAAUCACUUGUUCAUCGACCAAGUCACCAGGUCACUGUGGGGAGCGAAACUCGAAUGUAGGGCUCAGUCCGGACCGAUGGAGCAACCUGUCGUCCGCGAAGUGCCUCUCGACAUAUAUCUUAAGCCGGCAAACGUGAAGAUCGUUUUGAGCGAGGAGCAGAUCUUCGCGGAUCGUCCGAUCGCCGCCAAAUGCGAGACGUCGGGUAGUUUUCCAGCGGCUAGGAUCAUUUGGAGGCUCGGCGAACACGUGAUAGGCGACCCCAAUCCCUACGUGUCCACCACGCAGAAGAAUAACAAGACAGUGAGCAAGCUGGAAUUGGUCCUCAGCAAGGACGACGACGGCAAGGAACUGGUCUGCCGAGCCGAAAAUCCGAGAUUUCCCGGAGGAGUGUUCGAAGAAGUCAAAAUACUUCGCAUUUCUUAUGCUCCGGUAGUUGUCGCUCGUUUGGCUAACGGCUACGUCUUGGACACUUUGAGGGAGGGCGACGAUCUCAAGUUGAUCUGCGACAUUCAGAGCAAUCCGCCACCGGCACAAGUGACUUGGUACCACGAUAAUCAGCGACUGGAGCACGACGUAAACGCCGGAAUUCUGCUGGCGUCCAACUCGCUGACCCUUCGCGUGCUCACGCUCGCACACGUCGGCGAGUACUCCUGCGUAGCCACGAACCACGUGGGACAAACCCAUAGUUCGCCGCUUUUUAUUCACAUGAAAUACGCACCGAGGUGCAGAGAAGAUGGCAAGAGACGAGAGAUCACCGUCGCUCGACACGACACGGUAUGGCUGCAGUGCGUGGUGGAAGCGUUGCCUAACGACUACGUACGAUUUUCAUGGACCUACAACAGCACUGUCGGCGACGUUUUACCUAUACCAAACUCAAGAAUCGAGAGUCAAGGGCUUGUAAGCGUGUUAGAAUACACCCCCAACACCGAAACCGAUUACGGCACAUUGGCUUGCUGGGCGAGCAACAGCAUCGGACGGCAAAGGACACCCUGUAUAUUUAACAUCGUACCUGCUAAACCACCGCAACCACCACUGGACUGUGCGUUGCACAACGAGACCAGCUCGCUGGAGGUUAAUUGCAUCCCGGGAUCGGAUGGCGGGUCGCCGCAGCACUUUUUGCUGGAGGUACGAGGAUCCCUCAGGAAUUCCGGGAUUGGCCAUAUCGGCCCUCACACUCUUCAAACGCCCCAAAGCGAUCAGGGGAUGGUCGGGGAAUCUCCCCCCAUAUAUCAGGACAUGAAUCCGACCCCGAACUUCCAGCUUCACGAUCUUCAGCCGGGAUACGAUUACACGGUGUACAUUUACGCCGUCAACGGACGUGGCAUGAGCGAGCCCGUUCUUCUGGAACACGUCAGCGUCGUCGAACCCAUCGGCGGAAAAAUAGAGAGGAGCGGGAUCUUUUUGGAAGAUCUGAAAAAGGCGCUGCCGCAAGCCAGCUACGAGAACAUGAUCUUCGCCAUUGCACUGACAGGUACAGGCGCGGCAGCGUUAGUCCUCAUCGGUAUCGGUGUAAUCAUCGGUGUGGUGGUCUGCAGAAGGAGAUCGAACGCUCCCGUAAUAGAAGGCCCCGACGACUUCACCACACCGACCUACGUUCCGGCCCAAAGAAUUGAGCCCAAAAUCAGAUAUUCCAACGAGAACAGGCGUUCUCAAAGGGCGAGUCUCUACAUUGAGGAAAAUCGAAAAGAACCCGAUUUACUGCAUCGGGUGGAGCUAGAUUUACAAGAUUGAGUCACCUGAUUCUGUACAGUUACGAAUAAUCAAGACAAUGAAGUGCAAUGUUAAGUAAAAAUUCCAUACGUAGAAUUGCUCCUCGAUAUAUUCGCGUCAAUUUGUACGUUCCAUCUAUCGAAUUUAUAUCACGUCGUAAAACUGGAAGCAUCGUGGUUAUCGGCUAUAACGAAUAGCCGUUAACCAUGCGAAUCGCUCAUUUGACUCGAUGGAUUAGAGCGGUGGAACGACAUGUGGUACUUUUUACGAUCGAGUUGGGAAAUCAAUGCCGGUCUUCAACGCGAAUUGAGGCGUUACAAAACAUUCUAUUAGUUAUUUAUGUUCGCCUUGCGCGAAACGUAAAAUAUUCGCAGCCGAAAUUUUUACGUUAGGUUGUACAGGGCUAAAAGGGUUAAAAUAAUGUUAUUAUAAAAUGUACAGCUAUUUUUACAGCGUAGGAGGCUAAGGCGUACGGUGUAUUUCCGUAUACUUGCAAAGUAUUAACGUAUUAUUAAUGUCGAUAUAAAAAACGUGAUUUUAUGUACCUUUCUCGCUUAAUGAAGACUGCUUCAAAAAGACUACGUUUUUUUUUAAACUAAAUCUGAAUUGUUUGAAACCUUCACAAAUUUUAAUCGCGCGCAUUUUACGAAUUUCAUCCAAUUAUAAAAACGCAAAUUUGUUAUACUUCCGUUGAAUCAUACUCCACGAUUUUACGUAAUCGACAUACAUUUCGGAUUUAUGUUUUUUUUUUUUUGAAGCAGUCGGUAGUUUAUAAAUUAUUAUUAGUCAUUAAUUUGUAUAAUCUAUGAUCAGCGUAGCUCACGCUAUUCCGUACGAUGGUGUAAAUACUGUACUCGUAUUGAAAUUGAUAACUGAUACACAGAAUAAAAAAAAUAAAUGCCAUGUUGUAUUAUUAGUAAUUAAUAAACUU